UCACUCCUUUGCGCUGCUGUAAAGUUGUGGUAGGAGUCAACAGUUUCGCCUUCCUUUACUUCCGUCUCAUGAAGUUAUUCCAUUAAAAAAGUUUGAGAUGGACAUUAACGGCCAGACUCUCCCCGCGGACUUCUCGGGACACAUGUUGGAUAUGGAUGAGGACGAAGACCUUGAGGUUUUUAGCAAGAAAACAUCCCAUGUCGAUGGAGAUGGGAACCCUGUGCCCAACUCUCCUAGCUCAAUGGUCAAUCAGUACAGACUGGAGGAGGACGGAGAUGAAGAGCAUCGGGACAUUCAUACCAAAGACCUUUACAUCACAGUUGACGACCCAGAGAGUCAUGUGACUGCCAUUGAGACCUUCAUUAUGUACAGGGUUCUGACGCGAACCACGAGGAGUGAGUUUGACUCCAGUGAAUACGAGGUACACCGGCGCUAUCAGGACUUUGUGUGGCUCCGGAGCAAACUGGAGGAAAACCAUCCAACACUCAUCGUCCAUCCACUGCCAGAGAAGUUUGUGGUAAAAGGCAUGGUGGAACGUUUCAGUAAUGACUUCAUCGAGACCAGAAGGAAAGCGCUCGAUCGAUUCCUUAAAAAGACUGCUAACCAUCCCGUUCUGUCCUUCAGCCCGCACCUCCAAGUCUUCCUUACCGAGGCUGAUCUGGCAUCUCACAAGAAGCAGGGUCCAGGCUUCCUCAGCAGAAUGGGAGAAACAGUGAGGGCAGUGGCCAACACCGUACGGGGAUUGAAGAGCCGACCCGAAGAGUUCACUCAGAUGCAGGAGUAUUUGGAAGUCUUCAGCAGCAAGAUAACCUCUGCUGAUAAAGUCACUCAAAGGAUCAUCAGGGAACAAAAAGAGUACCUGGAUGAGUUAAAGCAGUACCACCCCAUGUAUGUCCAAUGGGCAAAUUCGGAGGAUGUCCUGGCGGAUUCCCUGAAAAGUGUGGCCGACUGUGUGGAGCGUUGUAGUAAGGAAACAGAGGAGCAGACUCAGCAUCUCUCUGAAAUCCUGUGCCCUGCCAUACAUGAGUAUGUUCUCUGUGCUGACACGCUCAAGGGAGUGAUGAAACGUAGGGACAACAUUCAGGCCGAGUUUGCAGCCAAAAACGAGGUCCUCGCCUCCAGAAAAGCUGAAAAAGAAGCACUGCAGGAGGAAGUGGAUGCUCAUGCUGACCGCCUGGAGCAGGCUAACAAUGUCCUUAAAGAAGACUGGCCCCGCUGGAAAAGUGACAUAAGGACCGACCUCAGAUCAGCCUUGAUUUCCACAGCUGAGAAGAACAUGGAGUAUUACGAAAAGUGUUUAGCCGUGUGGGAGUCGUUCCUCUUUUCUCAGCGACCUGAGCCCAGGGAGCAGAGCGAUGGAGACCAUGUUUUCUGAAGCGUUCAAAAAAAAAAAAAAAAAAAAAAAAAUUU